GGCUUUCACAAUGUUUCCCAGGCUGGUCUCGAACUCCUGGCUUCAAGCAAUCCUCCCACCUUGGCCUCCCAAAGUGCUGAGAUUACAGGCGUGAGCCACCGUGCCCAGCUCGAGAACAUCUUGAACAGAACUACGACUGUGUCUAUUUGAUGACACAAACUGAACUGUACUCCUGGAAGCACAGUGGAUCAAGGUUCGUUCCGUUGCCUGGGCUGAUCCUUGAGUUUUGUGAGUGACUUCACAAUGGCCAGGAAGUUCCUAGCCUCCUUCUGCAGCCUUGGUUCACCAUGCUGGACACCCUCUGGCUGCUUAGCCUCUCUUGACCUGCUCUGUGGGCCUAGAUGUUAAUCAGCUGUGCCUACAAGAACCUCUGCCAGCGAGCCCUACUCUCAGGCAGUGAUGCUGUCCUGAAGUGUGACCAUCCCAUGGCACUCUGGUACUUCUCUUCCAUUCUUGGGGAAGAUCCUUCUCUGCUUAAUUCAAUGCCUGACAUAAGGAAAUUGCCUGGGGGUAGCCUUCAGCUGACCAACCCUCAGCCCUCCCAGCCCGGCCCCUAUCGCUGCUGGGGCAGUGAUGAUACGCUCAUGGUACAAUAUGAGAUCAACUUCCAGGAUGUCACCAACCUUCGUGUUAUGCACAAGAGCCUGGACCAAAAGUCCUUGCAGAAUGAGACCCUGAUCCUGGAUGGCAAGGUACUCAUCUUUACCAACUGGGACCCCUGGCAGGACUGUAACUGCUGCGGGGAACUGGGUAAGCGCAAACGCCUGGGGUACUGCUACAUUGAGGAGCCCCUGGAAAAACCCAUGCCCUGCCGGCUGUAUCUGAGAGACGAGAAGGUGCAAUUCAGCCACACUCGGCCCGAACUGCAGGUGGAAGCCUGCCACGUACCCUGCAACCCAGUCGAGGAAAUUCAUCUUUGACAUUUACCAGCCCGGCAAGUGGACGAACAACAGGUGGCUCACCUUGUCCCUUGGCCUCCAUCUACAGGUGACAGGACCAGAGCCGUAGCCCUGCCCUUGACCCUCACCCAGGCUUUGUUUUCUGUGCUCACCUGGGCUUGGGGGUUACCUUCCAACAGAAAACCAGACUUUCUCCCAGCCCAUAAGCCUUCAUGGUGGUUCUGCUCAGGAAAAGGUCUCUUCACUGGCUUGCUGAGAUGUGCAUUCCGGAAGAAUUCCCUGGUGUUUCCUCUGAGUGAGCCCUGGGCAGAUGAUGUUAGGGACACAGCAAUGACCUAGUUCUUGUCUGCACGGGCUUCUGAUAUUCAGGGGGAGGCCAAAUGUAGAAUCUAGAGACCAAACUACUCAGGCCCAUGGGCUCAUACCAAUGUAGACACUGAUGUUUCUGUCUCCUGAUCAGACCCCGGUGGAUACAAUUUAUCUAUCCAUCCUUGCCCCAAUGCCACAGUG